AUGAUACUUUUAAGUAAGUUUUCAGAAGGUGAUAAUGAUGCUAUUGAUUUGGCUGUUUCGGAAAAGAAAUUAAUUAAUAAAUCUCUUCCUUAUGUAGAAUUAGAUUUUGAAUUCAUAAUCAUAAUUUUCAUCAUUGUUAUCUCAAAUUCAAUUCCUGUCUUCCAAACAUUGGCUUAUUCAAUUUCUAAUUAAGUGUUAAAUUCUGCUAAAUUUUAUAAGUAAUCCUAUUUAACAGCUUCUUCAAAAAAUCUUUUAGGAUUGUUUAAUUAGAAUGUAAAAAGAAUCCUCAAUAAUUCUUUACAAAUUUAUAAAACUUAAUAACAUAUAGACCCAGAACCUCUUAAAUAAGUUGUAAGGACAGUUAAUAAGCUUUCAAAAUUCUAUUAAAUAAGCUCAUAUAUUUUGCUUGUUUCUUCUUUAUCUAUACAAAAAAAAUUCAAGUAUUCUCUUUCAGAAAAUUUUCAGGCAAUUAGAAGGAGAUCUCUAAAUUUUUUUGGUCUUUUUAUAUCACUGUAUCAAUAAUUCUUUAUUUUCUAGAUGUCCCACAACCCCCACCUCUUAAUUAAAUUAAGUUAUUGAUAAUUUAUUUUUGACAUAAGCUUUUUUUAUAGAGGAUUAUUCUUUAUGA